AUGGCGAUGCGGAGUAUCAGGACAGCAUCGUUGAUGGCCGGGCAAUGGGUGCCUGAAACUCAGGAAAAUGAGGCAGUUUUCGAUGCGUUGAGGGAGGCGUACCGGCUCCUUAUAUCGAAGCAUUUCAGCACGAUUCAGGAUUGGAUAUCUGUGCUUGUUAGGGUCAAUCUUGCAGAUAAUCACUUCAGAGAUUCUGCAUUGAAGGAAUUCAUUGAUGUCAAGAAUGAAAUACGCGCUGUAAGAGGCCAGUGCAAUGAGCUUGGUCUCGAUCUUGAUAAUGUUCGUAGGAAGAAGGAUGUUCAGGAGGAAGACGAAGAGGAUUGGGUGGAGGGAAAGAUUGAAGUUCCUAGUCCUCCUAGAGUUGUGAGCACUCUUGAUGUUGCAGGUUCCAGCAAGGGCAUUAGGAAGGGAAAGAGGAUGGUGGAUGGAGGUAACUGUGACUUGCCAAAUGGCGGUAAUAGAUCUCAGGAGAUGGAUCCAGAGAGAAAAAAGCUCCUUUCCGAAGCCCCUUUGGUAUCAUGGAGCUCUGUCUUGGACCGGUGGGGUUCAAAUAUGGAUGCACAUGUAAACCAGAGGGGGCUUGAGCUCGAGAGCCAUUGGGGGAGGAUGGAUAAUGAUGCUGUUAUACCUGCAGCAAAGAUUGCAGAGUUAAAUGUUCACCAUUCUGUUUAUAAAGAAGAACCAGUUGAGAUCCUACCAUGCCAUGCACCUCUGAAGAAAGGAGGUCUUUGCCAGAGAAGGGAUCUCAAGAUAUGCCCUUUUCAUGGGCCCAUCAUCCCACGUGAUGCAAGAGGAAAUCCAAUUGGCAAAAAUGGUGGCAGCUCUGAUGCGGGAGGUUAUCCACUUGAGCAGAAAGUAGAAAUUCAUGAGGCAGGAGGAAAUCCGAUUAAGACAAAUGGAGGUAGUGAUAGUGAAAGUGCACAGGAGGAUCAGGAGCCCUCUACUUCAACGAUGACAAAUAUAAAUAAUGACACCAGCGACAUAGAUGGAGCUCAUGAUUUGAGUAAAAUUACAAUGGACCAGCUGGCGAUGCAAGCAAUUAAGAAUGUUCGGAAAAGGGAUAUGGACGACAAAGCACGCGAAAGAGCCCAGCGUGCGAGAAUCCGCCAGCACAAUGAAAAUGUUUUGCGGCAAGCGGCUAUUGCUUCAACGCCCCACUCAGCGGCAGCAUAUGACCAGCCUUCUGGAACAUUGGGCCGACAUGGUCGACGUCGAGGUAAGACGAAGGAACCUACACUAUCUUCAAUGCUGAAGAAGAAAGUUACUGCAAAAGAUAGGAUUGCAGGGAGGCUUCUAAAUGGUCGUGCUAGGGAUGCAACAAUAAGAGAAGCUUCUAAUACUGAGGAUAUGACCUACAGGGAAGCAUUCCCAAAUCAGUGGCAGUGA